AAAUCAACCAAACUCCGACAGAUGCUGCUGUCUCCACAGCUGGAAUUUAUGAUGGAAGCUCACAGCGGCAUUAGUGCUUGCAUCGCAGAGGAAGCAGGAUUUCAAGCUGUCUGGGCUAGUGGUCUUUCCAUUGCAACCCAGCUGGGAGUCCGGGACAGCAACGAGGCAUCAUGGACUCAAGUUCUGGAAGUGUUAGAGUUCAUGAAUGAUGCCUGUACUGUGCCAAUCCUGGUGGACGCUGACACCGGAUAUGGAAACUUUAACAAUGCUCGUCGUUUGGUGCGCAAGCUGGAGGACAGGGGCAUUGCUGGUGCUGCUGUAGAAGACAAACUUUUUCCGAAAACAAAUUCCCUUCUGGAUGGCCGAGCACAACCACUGGCUGAUAUUAAAGAAUUUGCAUUGAAAAUUCAGGCCAUGAAAGACACACAAAGAGACCCAGAUUUCAACAUUGUUGCCCGUGUUGAGGCUUUGAUAGCAGGCUGGGGUGUAGAUGAGGCACUCAAGCGAGCUGACGCGUACCUGGAGGCAGGAGCUACGGCGGUACUUAUGCACAGCAAGUUAAAAGAGCCAACUGAAAUUCUUGAUUUCUUAAAAGCUUGGCAGAAUAAGGGACCAGUUGUUUUGGUACCAACUACCUACUACAAAACACCCAUGCAAGUGUGGAGAGAUCAGAAGGUUUCCUUAGCUAUAUGGGCCAAUCACUCCAUUAGGGCAUCAGUCAAAGCAAUGCAAGAGGUAACUGCUCAGAUCUUCAAGGAACAAAGUACUGCCGGAGUUGAACCAAAGAUUGCGACAGUUAAAGAACUUUUUCGGUUGACCAAAGAUGAUGAACUGAAGGCAGCAGAAGAUAAAUACCUACCUAAAGUUUAA